UAAACUAAACUGCGCUCGUCUCUGUUCCGAUCAUACGUUCUGACGAGCACAAAUUGCUCGUAUUAGCAAUCACGAAGCACAGCUAAACUGCGUUCAUUACUGUUCCGAUUAGAAGCUUUGAUCAUUAUUAUGCCAUGGAUAUCUUGACCUUAGUGUUAUUAUUCGUGACCAGCGCCGCAGCGCUUGACCACCGUCGAAUCACCUACACCGCGCUACAGCAAUUUACCACCGAGACCUGCAACACUUGUAACCGCUCUGCCGACCACUGGCACGCCGUGCAGACCAUCAUGGACGCCGCGCAGUUCCCGGACGCGGAAGCCAGUCAGCGUCGCAAUGUCCCGGCGUGGCACGGCGCCGGCGGGGUCUUCCAGCCCAUCACGGAGCGGGUGACGUCCGAAUACACCGCCGCGACGAUCUUGGCGAUCCGCCAUGGACGGUACCCCGAAGGGCGGGUGCUGGUGGGGCAGACGAUGCAUCUGCUGCAACACGCUAAUGACACGGUGAAUCGCUCGUUGGAUUUUCUACACGCGAUUGAAGACCAAACCAGCGAAUACGCCGUUACGAAACUGCUUGGACUCGGUGCGAAGGAUUUGGUGCUGGUGGUGGACGUAACCGAGAACACCGCUGUGGUUCGCUUAAACGCUAUGAAAACAAACCUUAACAACAUAGUUGCAUCGCGCAUUAUCGCGGUGUAUGUCAAUAACGAGUUUAUUUCGCCGGUUUCAAUACUGGAGACGGUUUCCUCAGCGAUCGCUUAUUUCGAUAUGUUGCUGAUAGACUGCACUCAGCAACUGGGUAUCUGUACGGAAACCGUCGCCACCGGUGUGUCCGAUGCCCCGAUGCGGGCUGUACGCAGCGCCGCCGAACAAGCCGACAGUUCAUCGACCAUUUUCUUGUUUACGUCCCCCGAACGCAUCCAGGACAGCACGUUUCCACGGCACUUCGCUGUUGUGUCCUUCAAGCAGCAGGCAUUGGUGGUGAUCCAGCGUCCCGAUGCCUACUGGAUCGACAUUUUUUCGCACGAUGCGCCGGGGGAUUAUUUCGCCGGAUUGUACCGCAACGAACCCGGCCAGCCAACCGUCUACGUUCCGCUGCGGGGUUCGCCGAUCGUCGGGGAAACUUUAACGGCGAUCAUCCGCACAGCGGACCCGGCCGGCACAGAACGGACGCUAGAGGUGCUCAACACGCAGGACGUCGUGAUCCAGUCGAAGCCGAUGGUCUUCGACCGGGAAUUGGCGGAGUACCGCGCCUGGUUCCAGUCACCGGGGAUCCCGUAUCGGCUGCGGACGAAGACCGGUGCGGACUAUGGCGUAGUACAGGGGGACUUCGUCCCGACGCGGUUUAAUCUGUCGCUGAGUCCGGCGCGGCCGGUGGAGUUUAUGGCGCCGGGGGGCGUGGUUAAUCUGCAGUAUAACAUCGACCAGCCCGGUCCGUCGUUUACGGCGCAGGUGACCCUGGAUGACACUUUUGGGUAUAGCGGCGCGGUGAAUGAAGGCAGGAUAAUUUCCAACGACACCGACGGCCGUUCCAUGAAUUUGACGUCAACCUCGAAAUCCGAUUCCGUCACCAUCAAGAUAACGAUCCCAACGGCCGCCGAGAUCGGCAGCGUCAAUUAUGUGGUCGUCACGCUGAGCAGCAGCGGCCGCGACGCCACCUUCCUCGUCCAGCCCAUCCUCAUCGCCAACGCCACCAACCCCAACGACUUCAUCCCCAACUGCACCAUCCUGGCCACCAACUUCUACGAACAGUGCCCCGCCCUUCCGACCAGCAUGGAAUGCGCCAACCGCCAUUUCUACCUGACCACGGAGUUGGUCGACGAGUACGACGCCUUUGCGUACGAUUCCUACAUUGAGGUGGAGAGCGAUCGUUUCAACGGCAGCGGGUACCUAUGGUUCGGUGCGUAUUGGCCAGCGUUUCGUGGCAGUACGAACCGUACGUCGACGUGGAACCUGGACUGUUGUUACGUGCGGCAUCAGACCGUGCUGUUCGCCAAUGGAUUUUCGGGCGCAGCGUGUGUCAUUCGGCAUCCGCUGUAUAAUGACACGGUGGGCGUGGUCACGACGCCGAACAGUGGGCAGUUACGUGGAGGAGGGAACGGCCUUAUGGUGAUCGUGGCACUGUUGGCCGGCCUUAUCUGUACGCUGACGUGGGCUAAAAUAAAUUAAUUUAAACGUACGAGCAUAUAUUUUACAAGUUCUGUCAGACCCAUUCAUUCAUUGCUUUAACAAAACUGGGGAAAAUGCAAUUAUCCGGAUGGCAGACAACCGGAAAUUGUGCCUGGCUAUGUACAUUUUGUUUGUCGUAAAAAAAACAGCGCUGCAGCAAACUAGAAGCAUUUUCCUAUUAUUAUGUUUCUCGCGCAUUUUCAUUAAAAUUCAUCUCACUAAAAAUCUGGAGUAACCGAGGAGAAAUCGGGUGAAGAGCAAGGUACGUAAUACAACAACAUGAUAUUCGCUGCAGCGAGCCAACCACUUUGCCCACGAUUUAUGACGCUUUUCAUUUCAAUAAUUCGUGUAAUACUGCGCCAAGCUACUUCGCAGU